GUUUUAGAAUUGGUUUGAUAUUUCAAAUGAUCAUUGGAUGAUCUGAUUUCAAGUGCAAUCAAUUAUUAUUUCAAAUUUUUAUUUACUCCAAAAGGAAAAGAAAUGGCGGAAGAAAUUUUGAACAUGCAACGAACAUUUCCAAAGAAGACAAUUUUCAAUAAUAAUUCAAAAUCAAAAAAAGGGAAAUGGAAAAGAGGUCGGGAAAUGGAAAAGAGAAAAGAAGAAAAUUAUAUUCCAUCUAAUUUCAAUGAAAAUGAUUGUAAUUGUGACAACGAUGAAAUUGAAAUGAAAUUAGAACAACAAUCUAAGGAUAAAAAGACGAAAAAAGCACAAAAACAAGCAGCUUAUGUCGCGAAAAAAACAAAAAAACAAUCCGAUGAAUCAUUGAAUGCUGAGGAAUUUGGAAAAAAAAAUAUCUCGGCAGAGAAUGAUGAAACCAUGACGCGAACUUCUGAUGAUAAUGACCAGCUCAGGAGUAGAAAGCGAUUGUUGGAAGGAAAUCGUUUAAAUGAUCGAAAGAAACGAGUAUCAAGCAUAUCUGAUGAGGUGAAAAAUAGCACCAGUAGUACCAGUAAUGUUCGAAAAUCUGAAAUGGAAACGAAAGAUGAUAAAUUCUCUUCCACAAGUAGCGUUGCACAAGAGCUUGAUAGGCAUUCCUCAGAUGCGAAGGAAGUGGCACUUAUGGAACCUAGAAAGCCUAUUCAAAACUUAAUAACUUCUCUAGCUGAAGAACAUGAAGAAGCAAAUUUGGACAAUACAGAGUUUCGUGAAGAAAUAGCAAAAAUUCCAUUAGGCAAGGCAAAACAGUUGCAAGAACGGAUAGGGAAAAAAUUGUUCGACAGGGCAUUCUUCGUUGAUGAUUCAUCGUCCAGUCUUAACAACAAAUCGGCUCGAAGAGCUUUUGUGCGUGAAAACCCAAAAAGGCCACGUGAAGUUUCGUCGAAAAUACCGGUAUCUAAAUUCAGGAACGUGUUCGAGAAUGAGAAAUUGGAAAGACCGAUAUUUGAUCCUCGAUUCGAUAGCAGAUGCGGCGAGUUCAAUGAUUACAUAUAUCACAAUAAUUAUAGCUUUCUAGAUGAAAUACGUCAACGAGAGAAAAAGAUAUUAAUAGAAGAACUAAAAAAUGCGACAGAAGAGGGAAAUGUUAACAGAAACCGCUUAAAAGAGGCACUUAGGAAAAUGAAAAAUCAGGAAAAAACACGUGCAGAUGUUAAUCGCCGUAAAGAAAUAAUCCGUGAAUUACGUCAUGAGAAUAACGAGCGUAUGCGUCAAGGCUUACCUCCUAUCUUUAAGACAAGAGCACAAAUUCGGGAACUUAUAUGGCGGAAAAAGUACGAUGACCUAAAAGGUGGGAAGAAACUGGAGAAAUAUCUCCGUCGCAAAACCAAAAAACAGGAUAAAAAAUAUGAUGUCAGUACAUCAGUAAGUCAUGAAAAUGAAGUAAUAUCAUUGUCUAGUGAUUGAAUGAAAAGUGACACUACUUUUUUCCUUCAACUUCCGGUUUCACUUCUGAUGUGAAUUGUCUGGAAUAGAAUACACAAUGACUGUUAUUUUUCAAGACGGUUCUGUAGCUUCCGGUUAUUUUUCCGGGAAUCUAAACAUUAUGUUUACUAAAAUUGUGUAUUUUGAUAAAUGUUUUCUAUGUUUUAACGAUAUGAACUUUGAUUUGUUACAUUGAAUUAUUUAAAAAUACUUAUUUCAUCUGCUCUUUGUUAAUAAAAUCAUGAAAUCAAAUUGUUAAUUCUUCCAUAGAUUACACAUCAAUCAUUUGUCAACGUUUUCUCGCGCUUGGCUGUCUUUUUUUAUUUGUGCACUAAGUUG